AAUCACUUUCGAAGGCGCCAUGUUUGUUUAGAAGUUAGCCAUGAGUUCGAAGAAGAAGAAAAGUGAUGGACGAUCUGGGGAGUUAGAGAAAGCGGAAGAAGUGUUUCAAGCUGUUAUACUUACAGAUAGUUUCAACUUCAGAUUCUUACCGAUAACUCUUGAGACACCAAGGGUAAGUGAACUCCAAAUCACAUGUUCCUCCCAGCUAAUUUUUUUUUCGUUUUUUUUUGUUUCAAAAUUAAGUUUUCUUUAAAUAAAUUUAUAAAACGUUUUAUUUAAUGUCUUGUAUUGAUGCGUCUCCCCCGUUGCAGGCCCCUUGUUAUGAAGAUGUUCGAUAAAACAUUCUUUUAUUUUCUGUUCUGUGAGCUGAGGAAGGUCUAAGCAAGUUCCUAUUCUCAUCGAUCUAAAUUGGAAGUACGCCUGCUAUUGUUUGUGGGAAUAGGCCACUUGCACUAAGAGGUCACGUGACCAGUGCUUCCUUUAAACAAUGAGUUGGAAUCUUGCUGAUGCCAAAAAUUGACAGAGCACAUAAAAGUUAUCUUACGCCCGAAAUUUUAGCAGAAAUGCAUUUAAGGGAGAUAUUUUAUGGGACUUUGAUUUUUCACCAAAGUGGUAUGAUUUGUAUUGGCCACCAUGUUGGAGGGCAUACUUUUGGCCUCCAACAUGGUGGCCAAAACUACUUUAUGCUGAUAUCUCGUUAAACGUUUGAUAGUUACGCUGAGAUGUGCUGUAAACGUUACCACAUCAUAUUUUCAACAUUUUCCAAAGUUUAAGUGCAAAAUUUGUGUUCAGAAAGAGGUAAUUUAUAAUUUUACAAAUCACAUUUUGGUCACAUGACCUGUUAUGAACUUACUCAUUUUAAGAAAAUGGUGCCGGUUUGAAAAACCAAAUCACCAUUAGUUUGUUUAAGAUGUGACCCGCUAAUCAUUUUUUGAAGGCAAAAAUCAUUUAACUUUCAUUUUCAUAAAAACAAUGUCACAUGACCUCUCAGUGAAAAUGGCCUGUUAGGGUAUCAUUUGGGUCAUUGAUCUAUUGUUUAGUUAGCUAAUUGUACAACAUGUUCUGUUCUCCCGGGCGGAGUAUUGGGUUAUCCCUCUCACAUGCGUUUACAUGAAAUUUCUAAGCCUUUUUCUAAGUUUUUGAAAUUUCAGCUCAAGAACUGUCAUGAAAGACUAAGUCUCUUCAAUUUUAAAUGAAAAAAAAGGAAGUCAAGAAAUAUGUCAAGCGGGAUCAAACCCAGCACUGUGGGUCCACAAUCCAUCACCCUAUCCACUAGACCACGGAGGAAUUGCUGCCCAAAAGAGUUUUAAUUUAGAUAUUCAUAGUGACAACCCUAACAAUAAAUGAAAGCUAACCAAAUCCAAGUCAUUACUUAACCGUAAUCAGUGGUUAGCCCCAAUCACUAUUUACAGUGCUUAACCCUUAUCACUACAGUCACUGCUUAAUAGAAGCAAUUAUUUUGUAUAGGCGUCAUAAGGUGUCCAACCCCAUACUCCGCUAGGGAGUUAAUUUUUCCUUCUGAGAGAUUCUGGUGCCCUUAUCUGAGUAUUGCAUGCAUGAUGAAUGUACAAGAGGUGCUUCCUCAAUAACCUAUAAUGACGGCAAACGGUCAAAUUCGGCCCUAGGGGGAGGGGGGGAGGAGCUUGGCCUUUAUUUGGAUCUGCUCCUGGACAGUAUGUGAGUUUUUCCUAAACAGAGUAUAAAAUGUCAUGCGAGUCUGUCUGUCAAGUCUUAUAAACAGCGUAUUACCUGCAUGACUGAUUUGAUUUGCUCGAUGAACUUUGUUGGUACUGCAAGUAUACAGAAGCAAUGACUGUAACAUGUAUUUGUUCGAUUGCAAUAAUUUCCAGUUAGUGGCUUUAAAAACAGAAUGAAAAAACAGAAAAAAUUUUAUAUAAACAUUAAAUUUGUGCAGGCACUAAACUCAUAUAAUUUAAAACAUAUUUGUAAAGAAUCCAAACAGAACACUUAGGAGGAUUAAAAGAUGCCAACUGGUCGAAGGCAAGAUUGAAAAAAGGCUACUACUCAUGGUCAGAGUGGGAAAUUGAACCCAAGAUUUUUGGAUUGCUGGUCCAACGUACAGGCCAUUUGGCCUUGUUUUUUCUGAAGUAAUGUUAUUAUUUUUGUUGUCAGGUGUGGCUGUGGAUUGCAGUUCUGAUCAUGAUUAUAAGGAUAGUUCUUGAACUAUUUGUCUAUUAUACCUAUAGGCUUUGCUACCAUUGGUAAAUGUUCCUCUCCUGGAUUACACUAUUGAAUUUCUUGUUGAAGCUGGAGUCCAGGAAAUUUUUGUCUUCUGCUGUAGACAUGUUGAUCAAAUCAAGAAACAUUUAAGGUGCGUGACAAUUGAGUGGUGAUGGUGAUGGCUCGAAGAUAAUUAUUAGCACUUGAGUGCUACACUGUAAAUUUGAGGAUAAAUAUAGCUUAUUGACUGAUUGAUUGAACAGUAGAAAGAGUCUGAGGAAAAUGGCUUUAAAAGCUUUUAAAAGUGACUCUUCAUUUAAAGUGUUCUCCUUAUCAGGUAGUAACUGGUAAAAUUUAAGGCUUGAGCAACACUUCUUGCCUCCUGUAACCACUUGAAGUGUUACUAAAAUUACAUAAGUUGUUUAAAAAAUAUGCAAGUUGUGAUCCAAGCCAAUCCCUCACAAGAAAAGAAAUAGGGAAUAAACAAGAAGUAUACACAGCUUUUGUCUAUGAGUACUUUAUUUAAAAUGCUUACUGGUACCUUUCAAAGCAUUGCAGGCGAACAAUUUUUUUGUGGGCUUCUAUCACAAUUCUAGACUUUCUUGACCAGCAGGAAAAGUUUUCGACUUCUGCAACUUGUGUUACUGAAUUGACCCUACUAGCAAAGGCUGCCUUCAUUCAUAAAAUUCUUUGUUUUGAGGUGAUUAAAAUAUUUUUUGGUCAGAUCAAUAAUGGUUGACAGGAUGCUAAAAAAUAAAAGCCUUCGUGAAUGCUAAAGUUUAGAUAUUCAAGACUGUAAAUGAGUGUAGACAGAUUUGCAAAGAUCCGAAGCAGACAGACUGCUGAUUUCAAAACAAUUCUUCAUGUAGACCACCCUAAAGGUAACACUGCAUGAAAAUUACUGCUUUUAUAAAGUACAUUGUAUAAAUUGUAACUCUUUAAGAGUAAAUUUUAAAAUUGUUAUAAGUUUUUAACCUCUGAUCUGAAGGCAGAUAGCUUACCAUGCUGAUUUGCCGAAAAAAGGUAUCAUGAAAAUGAAGGAGAGACAUUGAACUUAGCUCCUGAAAUUUUUCUUCGAAGGGUGGGACCAUAACACUUCCCCCUCAACUUUCAAUUAGUAUUUGCAUUUCUUAUCGUCCAGAUUGUGUGUGUUCAUGUUAUAAUUUCUAUUCCAACAACAAUGAUUUGUUUCCUGGCAGUCAAUCAAAGUGGACAAGCUCAAGAGGUCCAUGUGAUGUGAAAACCAUUGUUUUUGAAGAUUGCUUGUCUCUAGGAGAUGCUCUUCGAGAAAUUGACAGACAGGUACAAAAGCAUUAUUGUUACACGUAAUCAUUUGUUUGUGAGCAAUUUAACUUGAUGACUGAAUACUUGAUCAACAUUUUUUAAGCUUUUUUUUUAUUAUAAUUACCUAUUUGUAACUCUUUUUUUUGCAGUCUUUUCUCAAGAAUGAUUUUGUUUUAGUAAGUGGUGACAUAGUAUCAAAUAUGAAAUUAGAUCAAGUUCUGAAGGAACACAAGUAAGUUUUGUACAGUCAAUCCCUUGGUAAAUGUACAGUGUACAACAAAUUUCAUUUUCUGUCUGCAGUUAUACACAAUGUACAGAGUAGGACCCCAAUAUUAUGUAUCCCCAUUUAAAUGAAUGACUUUUCCAGCCCCCUUACACUGGUGUUAGCAUGAUAUUGGUGCCUUGCCAUAUGAUAACAACAUACAUGUCCAGUCAUGUACAUUUUGGUAGUACCAAAUAAUUAUUUUUAGCAUUAUUUUAGGUUAACACUCAAAUGGUAUAAAUUAUUAGUAUUCUAUCCCUAAAAUCACGGUGGUGGUUGUUACCAAGUUUAUAUAAUGGCGUGAGACCCAGUUUUUCUCUUACUCUUUGUGAGCUGUCAGAUAGUGAGAUUGUUGGCCAAUGAGAAUGUGUUAUUUGCCAUUGCUGUCUAGUAGCACCACCAGUGCUUUCAAUAAGCACCAAUGGUGGAUGAAAAACAUUGGCUUCUUCCCCCCUCAGAGAAGUCACCUACGCACCUUCUUUCCCUAUUAAAGAAGCGGUUUAUUCAAACUUUGUUGGUGUAGUCACUCACUCCAGUUGUAUAGUGUAUUUUAAUAAUAUUUAUUAAUGCAUGUAGGCUUCACUGGGAUGUAUACCUGCACAUGUACAUGUUGUUUUUAGUUGAAAAUUUAUAUAAGAACAGUUUUUUACAACUUGCGGUAAUCAUUGUUCUUGCUACAGUAUCAGACGAAUAUUUGGGACCCUUCCACUGAACACUGUUUUUUUCCUUCUUGCCCAUCUCCUCUCCCUCCCAAUGUUGUUUAUCGCAGUUAACUCACCAAAUUUUGUUUAUCAAGAGGGAGGGUGUGAAGACAGUAAAGAGUCCCCAACAAUUUUUACCGAGACUGUACGUUGUAGGUCACCUUUUUUUUCGAACCAGGUAAUUUUUUUAUUUUCUGUGUUUAAGAUCAAUAUUUGUUUUAAAAGUGAUCUUAAUAUUGCCUAUUUAUUCUCCUUAUCUAUCAUCCUUCCUGCCCCAAAGAAGAUUCUUUUUUUGUUAUACAGAGGGUGUGGCUAAGAUGUAAAGAUCCAUGAUAUUGAGCUUCCACUGUAUUGAAAGUGUCCUUUUGAUUGACAGAGACAGACGGAAAAAGGAUAAAUCAUCACUCAUGACGAUGGUCUUUAAAGUCGCUAAUCCUGGACACAGGACAAGGUGUCUGUUAAUUACCUUAACUGAUUCAUUAAUAUUAUUAUUUUAAGUUAUGUUGGAAUGAAAUUGCAAAAUUACUAUACACCAACCCCGUUACCUUUUUUUGUAACCUUUUUUUCACUUUAAUUUUUGUAUAAUUAUCGUAGGUGCCGGGAAGAAGACCUUAUAGUUGCUAUGGAUUCAACAACAGGGAGAAUUCUACACUGUGAUAAGACAGCUAGCAAAAAGCAAUUCUCAUUUCCUUUGGUAAUGAAUUAAUAUUCUUUAAAUUAAUUUUCAAAUGAUUAAAGGGUUAUUAACCUUUUAUUUCCCAAGAGUGACCAACAACAAUCUUCUCCAAACAAUGUCAAUUAUAUGUAAUAAAGAAAAAUAGUUAUUAGAAUUAAUAAAAUGAUCACCAUUAGAAGGGAAAAAUUCUUUGAUCUUUCAUCAAAUUCUCUCUGCUAAUUUCGUAAGGAAAUGAAUGGACGUCAGUCUGGAGAAUUUAAGUGUGGAUAUUAGGUCUUGAAGGGUUAAAUCAAAUAGGUCCAGUGUACACUAAUCCUUGUCAUAACUGAUUAACAUCAAAUUCUGCCUUUUUUCAUAAGCUAAAGCAAGGCUGUUUGGAAGGAAAAUGUAGACUGCCAGUAACCACUUAUGGCCUUUUCCCAUGCCCCCCUUUAUUAUUUUUUGUAUUUCUCUAACAAUUCAUCAUUAACCUUCUUAAAUCGGAACAGUGGCAUGUAAAGAAAGUCAUGUCUAGUAGCCCAGGGCUUGUGAAUUUAGCUAUUGGGUAAGUGAAUUCUAUUCUUGACUUGCCCAACUGGCAGGUGAGGUUUUUUGAGGAAUUCAAAUCACAGAUGAACUGUUAUCAAUCCUGCUCAUCAAAAUAAUAUAUUUUUUGGACUAGUUAAAAUGAGUCUUGGGCUAGUACAUGCUAUCUACAGCUUGCCCAAAUGGCAAGCUGUAAAACUGACUUUCUUUGCACCCUGUCCAGCGACUCAAAAUAAUCAUGAUUCUUUUUUUAAAUUUCUUUCUGCAGAGUUUAUUCACAGGAAACAAUGAUAUUCAAAUAAGAUAUGAUCUCUUGGACUGUAACAUUUCUAUAUGCUCAACAACGGUGAGUUACCUGUUAUUUUUUGUUUAAUUUUUUUUAACUGUAGUACAGUUGAACCUCUAUGUACUAACGGGGAUGUCACUAAGAUUUCAAGUUGCUGGCUAAGUAGGCGGAGAAUCAAACAGCUAGGGAUUUCUUUUGGUUUUAUUUUGCUUCUAUUUUCCUAUGCAAGUAGCUGGGGGCCACGUUCUUAAUAGUCAGGGGAAAUCCCCGGUCCCCUUCUCUUCAUGACAGCCCUGUACUAAGCAGCCACUUGCUAUUAAUUGGGCAGUAAUUGAAGUAACUAAAACCUCUAUCAGGUGGCCACCUCCAUCGAGCAGCCCUGCCUACCUUUUUGCCAUCCCAAUGAGAGUUCUCCUUUUGUUGUUACCUUUAAUAAAGUGGCCAUCAAGGGCUCGAUACUCUUAGUUUGGUUUUAUGUUAAAAAUGUAAUGAAGGAAAAUACAAUUCAGAGAUACAUGUAGUAGGUGACGGCCGAUUGUGGACCAGUAAUGACACUCUUAUUGCAUACUUGUUUCAAAAUAAGGUGAUGUUUGUGCUAAAAAUUAUGCAAAUUUAUGACAAACCUCUAUUGAGCGGCCAACCUCUAUCAAGUAGCCAAGUUCGCACACCAAUUUGGCUGCUUAAGAGAGGUUCAGCCGGACACGUAAAAGGCAUCUGACUAAAAUUAUAUUUGUUGUUGCUUCUUAGGUUCCACAGUUGUUUACAGAUAAUUUUGAUUACCAAACUAGAGAUGACUUUGUCAGAGGAAUCCUUGUAAAUGAAGAGGUAAGGCUCUUUUUCGUUAUUACUGACAUUAUUAUUAUCAGGGGUCACAGUAUAUUAGCCAGCCUAUCAGCCUGUAGGCCCGGGCCUACAAAGUUUUGGUUUGAUCACUCUACCGCUUGUAAUAAGUGCAUUCUUGGGGUGAGCUAAAAAGCUUAAGAGCUCAAAGUGUUGGUCAGGUUGGUGCAUACUAGUUAUGCAUGCAAUUUUCAGGAUGUGUGGAAAUGAAAGUCAGCCAGGCCUACAACUAGUUGAAAAGCUGGCUCAAAGCUGAUUAAUAUUAUUUUAUGUUGAAGAUGGGCUGUGGGCCCAGAUAGUGGGGCACAGAAAAUACAAAUUAAGGCUGAUUUAACUUUCAUUUUAAAGUUUUAUGUUGAUUUUAAGUGCAUUGAAUUAAUUUUGUUCGGUGCAUUGUGUACUUGUGUAAAUAUAUAUAUUGACCUACAUGUAUAAAAUGUACAGUAAGAGCAUUCAAAUAUUGGCAACACAAGAAAAUGUCAAAUUCCCUGCUUUCCCUUUCUAUUUCAUUGCAAAAAUGCAUCAAGAAUUACAUGUAGUCUCAGCCCUGUGCAUUGUUGUUGCUGAGGGAUGCUUACUUGCAUAUUUUUAACUCUGCUGAUAUGUAAACUACACACUUCUCUGGUUGUAGUUCUUUUUGUGUGCAAUAAAAUUUUCGUUUUGUUCAUAUUUGUCACAAUAUUUUUCUUGUUUUAGAUAAUGGGCAAUCAGAUUCAUUCAUUUCUUAUAAGCAACAAGUAUGUUGCUAGAGUUUCAAAUCCUUACAUGUACGAUACUGUCAGGUGAGUGAACUGUCUUUGAAUAAAAUUGAUUCACACAUUUUAGUUUCAAUACACAGUGUUUUUUCAGCUGUAAAAUUUCCAUUUCUGCCUUGAAUUCCUCUUUACUUGUAAUGGGUAUGGACUUUGGAAAAAAAAUAUGUCCUUGAUUUGUUUAACAUUCAUUAAGAACUGUGCUUGGUUGAGAUGGACACCCAAGUUGUCUAUGGGCUUCCACUUUUGGCAAAGCCAGCUCUUUGACAGUAUAUUACGUGCCAUUGUAAUAAUUGGAAUUUGUAAUUUGUUUACCCAUGGAGCACUUAGGAGUUCUUAAGAACUUGUUGAAAUGUGUCCAUGCAUUCCAGAUUGAAUUGGAAUUUGGAAGUGCUGGUUUUUGAGGAAAGGGGAAAACUGUACUACCCUGAGAAAAACCUCUUGGAGCAAGGAAGAGAACCAACAACAAACUCAACCCACAUAUGGUGUUGAUGCCAGGAUUCGAAACUGGGCCACAUUGGUGGGAGGCGAGUGCUCUCACCACUGCGCCACCUUUGCUCCCCCAUACCUUCCAGUCAUGAGCCCCCACACCAAUGCAACCAGGCACCUGUCACACUGAUUAACAGUGGAAAAGUAGAGUGGGGUAGGGGCGGGGUUAAAUGCACAAUCCAAAGGCUAAAUGAAGUGAAUGAACCAAAAAAAAUAAAAGUUGUGCUGUUGUAAACAAACGACUGUGCAUGAGCCACUAAACUGACCACUGACCCAAGGCUGUCAAAAAGUGUUUAAGAAGCAGGCUGAUAAUGAACAGUAGGUGGCUUUGGAACUUGCACCGAAGGCGCAAGUUCUUGAGGGCUGAGGUAUCUAGGGACAUUUUGAAAUUUAGAGUCUCAGAAAUGCCAUUUCUAGGGGUUUUCAAGAGGUAUUUUUCACUGCCGACGCCAUGUUGUUUCGUCAGAAUACAUGCUAGAACAGGAGCAAUACCGUCAAGAUGUCCCCACUGGAAGCAUUCCACGACGUCGCAUGGUUCGAACAUUUCACAGAUCUAAACCUGUUUAAAUACGCGUUCAGUGUCAUUCAAAACUGGGAAACAGAUGCUUUACAAAUUUUAUUCAAUGGUGCUUAUUUUUUGUUAGCAGUUGUGGUACAAGGAGAUAAAAGUAGCCUGGCUAAGGAUGGCUAAAUAGCCGGCACUUUUGGCUGGCCACUGGCCCUUAUUGACAGCCCUGCUGACCGACAACAGGAGACAGCACUCCUUGUUGUUAACUGUGUUAAUUUUCAUGUAUGACAUUGUUUACGUGGUAAAUUUCAAAAUUCUUUUUUUUGCAUCCAUUAUUUAAUUAAUUGUAUUAUUUUACUAUUGUAUUCUAUAACUGCAGCAAAGACAUCCUGAGUAGAUGGGCAUAUCCAAUAACUCCUGAUAACAGUGUGUUUUUUAUGGAUUUUUCGUUUUCAUUUGCACGGCACAAUGUUUACUUGGACAGUGAGUUAUCAUUAGCUAGGUAAGUGGGAUUAUUAAAAUGUUACAUACAUUAUUCAUUCAUGUGAGAAAAAGAAGUCAUACUGUAAGUCACAGUGAAUCUUUGGAUUUUUACAAUCCUUGUUAAUUGUGAAACUACAGUUGUUACCAUACCAGAGGGCAAGUUAAAUUAAUUUGCACUCAGGCAGUCCUCUAAGCUCAACUUUUCUCAAAGUCACCUUUUAGUGACUUAAAUUAUACUUAAAAAUGUUUGCCUGGUAUAACAUACCGGUUGCCAGAGGAAAGGACACAGUUACUCAAGCUGUGUUUGUAACAGAUUUACAUGUAAAAUAAGAGGUAUACCCUUACACCCUUGUCACAAAUGGCAACAAUUCGUUUAUUUUUCUAGAGACUGUGUGUUAGAAGAAAAUCUAUUAAUCAGUAAAGGGACUUCAGUGGGGGCUGGAACUGUCAUCACAAACUCUGUAAUAGGCAGAAAUUGUGUAAUAGGUGAGAUACUGUAAUUACUAUGGCCGCAUAUAGUCUGAGUGGUAUAAACCUUUACUGAAUUGACUCAGAAAACUUUACUAUUCCUAAGGAUCAACAUUUUUAUGCACCAUGGAUUGAUUAUUAGUUUUAUUAUUAGUUUAUUAACAGCAUAAACUCUAUUUUUGUCAUUAUGUGAUUGUUGUGUUGUUAAUUUUAGGUGACUUUGUUCAGCUUGAUGGUGUACAUCUGUGGGAUAAUGUGAGAAUUGAUGAUGGGUCCAAAAUAUCCAAAUCAAUUGUGUGCGCGAAUGUUCAUGUUAAGAGGUACUUUUUAUUAUUAGCCAGAGAAAACAGGUGACACUACCACUGGUUUCCCCGCCAAAUGCCAUCUGAGAAGCGAGCGCAAGAGUUCCAUACCGAUGACGCGUCACUACCCAGAUCCGGGUAGUGGUUCUGAUUGGUUGAAUCAAAUUUCCCAUGCAGAAUGACCAAUGAGAAGCACUACCCAGAUCUGGGUAGUGACGCGUCAUCAGUAUGGAAUUUGUGCACUCAUUUCUCAGACGUCAUUUGACUGGGAAACCAGUGGUAGUGUCGCCAAAUGUCAGCUGUUUCUUCAGGCUAUUUUUAUUGCAAAUGUAAUUUACUUUAAUUGUCCACGAUAAUAAUUAUGUUGAGGUAUUUUGUUAUCAGGUGAUAUUUCAUAAAAAUUUAAUACCAUACAUUAAGUCCUGCAUAUCAGGAUAAUUAUAAGAUUGCAACCUUCCAGGCUUACACUGUGCACCAACUUAUCAUCAUAGUUUAAAUUUGGCAAUCAAUUCUGUUUAGCUACUGAAUAGAUUGAGAAUGGAAGUAACAUUGUACUUCUCCAUAUAUUUAAAUUCAUAGUUUGUUCACACUAUUGGCUAUGCAAUUUUGAAUUUGGCGAAUAGUUCUAUUUUGUCUGGAUAUUAUUGAGAAUGGAAACAACACUGUACUUCUCCAUACACUUAACCUUUCUUUUCCGUAUGCACUAAUGGCUAUACAGUGAUAGGAAGAAGGAAGGAAUCUGUAUCCCCUGUGAUACCUUUUGGGCUCUGUCAACGAAGUUUAAAGUAUAGCUUAACAUUAAAGUAUAAAAUGACAACUAAGAAUACAUAGCUGGUCCGACUUUCUCCCCUUGGCCUGUACAGAAACACCAUAACUUCUCAAAAGCAAUGGCAUUUCAUACUAUCACAACAUUUUGGCCCUACUAUCCCCAGAAAACUUACAAUCAAAUUACAUGUAACUUGUUGUCAGUGAGGCAAUAUCAGUAAUACUGGAAAAAGGGAUGGCAAAGAAACAAUUAUUUUCUGUAUUGAAUUUACAUCAGAUGUACUAGAGAAGACUUGUGAGUUUCGAAGAGAUCUGGCCUCCACUCAUGGAAAUUUGAAUAUCUGAACUCUCACAUUUUCAAAGAAAUGUAUGCUGCAAGUGCUGUACCUGUUGGCAGCGCAUUCUUUGUUAGAAUUUAAGAAUUCAAUCUCUUCUACUUUCUUGCUUUCUUGGUUUUUAGCUGAUCAGCAUUGUAUCACUAGUAAAUGAGUACAAAUCCUAUGUUAUACAUGUAAAUGAGCAGCAGUGAUUGUUGAAGUUAAAACUGGAGAUAUAGAUAAGUGUGUGAUAUAGAUAUUAUUAUUACAUUAUGUACUUUAAAAAAAUACGUAUUUUAUAUUUUCCGUAUUUUAUAGACGUAGUCUCUGAUUGCUUUUUCUUUAAAUACUCUUGUAUCUCUCCUUGUUGUAGGAAUGUUACGAUCACAACGGGAUCAUUGAUUUCAUUUAAUGUAAGUCAUAGGUACAGUAAAAUGUAAUAAUCAUAUUACUAGAUUUUAAUUUACUGAAUUGGCUGACUAAUACUGUCUAAAUAUCACUGUUUUUUGUCCAGGUUGUGAUAGGACCCGAUAUAGUCCUUCCUCCCGGUGUGAAAAUAACACUAAAAAGACAGACAGAAGGCGAUGACUUUGGAAUGGAUGGACUUUCUCUUGAAGACAACCAAAGCGUAGGUAGGGUUCUCUCUUCUUUUUAACAUAUUUAAGGUUUCACUUACUUGCAAAGGCACUGGUCUUUUAGGCAAAUAACUUAAUUAUUAUAGUAAAAUAAUAAUAAUAAUGCAAAUAUUUAUACCGGAUAACCUUCAGUUCUAUUAAAAACAACUGUUAUCAAAAGGGUUCUGUAACUAAAUAAUAGAUAACUAAAAAAUAAAAAAUACAAUCGAAAGUGGAAAAUAAAAGAAACUAACACUAAGAAAACUAAGAUUCAAAAAUCAGCGACAACAGUUACAACAGUGAAAAAAGCGAAAACAGUGACAACAGUAACAACAGAGACAACAGUUACAACAGUGACAACAGCAACAACAGUGACAACGGCGACAACAGCAACAACAGUGACAACAGUGACAACAGAGACAACUGAGACAACAGCAACAACAGUUACAACAGUGACAACAGCAACAACAGUGACAACACUAACAACAGUGACAAGUGACCACAGCGAUAACAGUGACAGCAGCGACAAUGACGACAACAACGGUAAAAACGGUGACAACCAUGAGUACAGCGACAACAGUGACAGCAGCGGCAACACCGACAACAGUGACAACACCGACAACAGUGACAACAGUGACAAAGGCGACAACCGCGACAACAGUGACAACAGCGACAACAGCCACAACAGUGUAAGCAGCGACAACAGCGACAACAGUGACAAACAUUGACAACAGUGACAACAGUGACAACAGCGACAACAGUGACAACACCGACAAAGUGACAAAAGCGACAACAGCAACAACAGCGACAACAGCGACAAUAGCAACAACAGCGACAACUCCGACAACAGUGACAACACCGACAACAGUGACAAAAGCGACAACAGCAACAACAGCGACAACAGCGACAACAGAGACAAAAGAGAUAGCAACAACAGCGACAACACCGACAACAGUGACAACACCGACAACAGUGACAACAGCGACAACAGCAACAACAGCGACAACAGCGACAACAGUGACAAAAGAGACAACAGCGAAAACAGUCACAGCAGCGGCAACAGUGACAAAAGCGACAACAGCAACAAAAGUGACAACAGCAACAACAGUGACAACAACGAAAACAUCGACAACAAUAACAACAGUGACAACAUCGACAACAGUGACAACAGUGACAACAGCGAGAACAUCGACAACAGUGACAUCAGUGAGAACACCGACAAAAACGACAACAGUGACAAUAGCGACAACAAUGACAACAGUGACAACAGCGACAACAGUGACAACGGCGACAAUAAGGACAACAGUGACAACAGAGACAACAGCAACAACAGUGACAACAGUAAGAACAGCGACCACAGUGACAACACCAACAACAGUGACAAGUGACAACAGCGACAACAGUGACAACAGCGACAACAGCGAAACGAUGACAACAACGGCAAUGGUGACAACAGUGACAACCAUGAGUACAGCGACAACAGUGACAGCAGCGGCAACACCGACAACGGUGCCAACAGCAACAACAGCGACAGCAGUGAUAACAACGACAACAGUGACAACAGUGAUAACAGUGACAACAGUGACAACAGCCACGACAGUCACUACAGUGACAACAUUGACAACAGCGAGAACAUUGACAGCAGUGACAACAGUGACAACAGCAACAUUAGUGACAACGGCGACAACAGCGACAACAGUGACAAAAGAGACAACAGCGACAACAGUAACAACAGUGACAAAAACGACAACAACGACAACAACGGCAACGGUGACAACAGUGACAACCAUGAGUAGAGCAAGAACAGUGACAACGGCGACAACAGCGACAGCAGCGACAACAGUAACAACACUGACAAUAGCGACAACGGUGACAACAGUGACAACACCGACAACAACGACAAUAGCGAGAACAGUGACAACAGCGACAAUAGUGACAACAGUCACAACAGUCACAACAGCGACAACAGUGACAACUUCGACAACAGCAACAACUGUGACAACAGUCUCAACAGCAACAUUGGUGACAACUGUUACAACAGUGACAACAGAAACAACAGCGACAACAGUGACAACAGUGACAACAGCGACAACUGUGACAACAGUGGCAACAGCAACAAUGGUGACAACUGUUACAACAGUGACAAGGGCAACAACAGCGACAACAGUGACAGCAGCGACAACACUAACAACAGCGAGAACAGGGAAAAUAGUUACAACAGUGACAACAGCAACAGUGACAAGAGACAACAGCAACAACAUUCACAACAGUGACAACAGCAACAACAGUGACAACGGCGACAACGAUGACAACCGCAACGGUGACAAUCAUGAGUACAGUGACAACAGUGACAACAGCGACAACAGCGUCAACAGGGAAAACAGUUACAACAGUGAGAACAGCGACAACAGUGAACAGCAACAACAGGGACAAUAUUAACAACAGUGAGAACAGCGACAAAAGUGACUACAGUAACAACAGCAACAAGAGUGACAGCAGUGACAACAGUGACAACAGUGACCACAGCGACAACAGUGACAGCACUGAGAACAGCGAUAGCAGUGAUAACAUUGACCUCAACGACAAGUGAUAACAGUGACAAAAGUGACAACAGCGACAACGGUGACAACAGUUACAACAUUACCAACCGCGACAACAGUGACAACAGCGACAACAAUGACAAUGGUGACAACAACGACAAAUGACAACAUUUACAACAGCGACAUCAGUAACAACAGCGACAACGGUGACUACAGAGACAACACUGACAACAGCGACAACAGGGACAAGAGCCACAACAGUGACAACAUUGACAACAGCAACAACAGCGACAACAGUGACAACAGUGUUAACAGUAACAAUAGCGACAACAGUGGCAACAACGCUAGCAGCGACAACAGUGACAACAGCAACAUCAGCAACUACAGUGACAACAGCCACAACAGUGACAACAACGACAAGUGACAACAGUCACAACAGCCACAACAGCUACAACAGCAACAACAUUGACAACUGUGACAACAACGACAACAGUGACAAGAGCAACAACAGCAACAAAAGCGACAACAGCGACAACAGUGACAACAGCCAGAACAGUGAGAACGACGACAACAGUGACAACAUUAACAACAACAGCAACAAGCCACAACAGUGACAGCAGUGACAACAGUGACAAUAGUGACAACAAAGAGAACGGUGACAACAACAACAACAGUGACAAUAAUGAUCAUUUCUGGGUAAAAUCUUAUCAUUAGCGUAAGUUUGUUUUUGUUUUUAUGUCGCAGGCUUUAAUCCUGAUGUAGUAGGCACUGAGGGACAAGGGUUUAUUUGGGAUGCUGGCGGUGACUCUGAUGACGAACGGGAGCAAGUCGGUGAUAUCUGGGGUGAGUGAGAGAAGCAACUGCUAUCGCUCUUACAGUAAUGUUACGAGUAGCCUUUGUUAUUUCUCAUAUGUAUUAGACCUUAAUCACCUUAUAACCUUAACGAAAAACGGUAAAACGGCCAAGAUGCUCAAACGGUUGCUUGAUUGUACCCGAGCACGAUGAUACAUUAAAGUUUCUUGUUAUGUUUUUUGUGUAUGUUGAAGUAUCGAUCUUCACGUUGUAAAGGGCCAGCUAUUAUAGUCAUGUUAUUAUCUCUGCCUUUUGUCGUAAACUCCCUAGUAGCAGCAGGCCAGCAGGUAAAACACACAGACGGUGGAAUAUCGUCUCGUCGAGGAAAGGCGAGGCGCGCGUGAUCUGUUUUUCACUUGCGCCAGUAAAUGUAUCUUUGCAAAAACUGAGAGUUGUAAGAGUCCUUUUACGUAAUAGUGAGCUUUAGAUUUGAGUAAGAGUGGGACUUCCGAAUUUCAAACCAGCUCUUUCCCACUCAUUAGCCUGCGAAGCAAACGUUUCCGCUCGAUUUACUCUCUUUUUUGCUCUAUUUUCAACUUUCUCGACAAACUCGCUAGCAGAUGCUUUCUCCGCGUAGACUACCCACUCAAUCCUCUAAUAAUGCUAAUCAGAACAUGGAGUGACAUAUACAUGCAAAGGGGACCAAAGAGGGAACCAUUGUGUCUCGGGUUUAAGUCUCGGCAUCGACUGAAUGUGUGUUGAGUUUAUUAUUGGCUCUCGCCUUUUGUCGGGUCAGGUUCUUCCUUUUACCCCUUUGCUCAAAAAUCAGCAUUUCCAAAUUCCAAUUCGGUCAGAAAUCGUAGACAAAGAAGUACAUUGUGAAUGUGCUCCUCGGAAAUCAUUACCUAGUCAUUUAUUACUUUUUUAUAGCUCACAGAGAGCGUUUAUGUGAACUUAGUGGCAUGAAUGCGAAUAGGUGACGUUGUAUUCACUGGCGUUUAUAGGUAUAGAGAGGAUAAGCUCCAGUGAAGAUGAGGUAAGCUCAGAAUUCAGUGAAGACCAGUCUCCGCCUGGAAGCCCACCGCCUGAAGACGGCAGAUGUGAGUACUAGUUUAUCAUAUUUUGUUGGUAAGCUUCGCAAAAAGCGCUUCAAUCCGGCUUAGUGUCCUUAAAAUGUCCUGCUUGUUGACGGACGAUUGCUGUGAUCGUGAAAAUUGCGAGCGUUCAAAUCCCAGCGUUUAUUAUUUUUCCCAGAAUUCAAUGCACUCUAGUAAGGUAAUGACGUCAGGUCCAGCAUUUUUAAUAGGCGACUGAGCGCUCAGUUGGUGUUAUAUGGAAAUAAGUCAAUCGCGCUGAACGUUUCAGGAAGUUAGGAACGAGCCUGACGACCCUAUGGAAAUCAGACUUUUCUUGUAGAACUUUCAGUGUAAUUUGGCGACCAGGGGUCAAUUUAAUAAAACUUUUACUAGUGUAAUUUACAAUUGGAGCCAUUGUUUUCAGACUCGAAAACAAUGGCUGCACUUGUAAACUGACCCCAUCUAAUGAGGUCUUCAAUGAAACUACUUUUGUAGUCGAGUUUGCAAAUUGUCAAUGUAUAAAUAUUUGCGAAGAAAUGGCGUUUAAUUUGUGAUUAUUUAACUAACGUCCAGUAAGCCAAAAAAAAAUCGAUUAAAAGAAUAUUGUCAGACAAUGUAGGUAACAAGGUACUUUGAUAACUAUGGUUCACUCCGUUGUUUUAACUCCAGUGUUCUAUACUGAGGUGCUCGAGUCCAUAAGGCAUGGAGUCGCUGAUCACGUGGAUCCUGAGAACAUUAUACUCGAGGUUAAUGCGUCUAAGUAAGUCAAUUCAAUCGAUUAAUAGUACAGUCAAACUACAGUCCACUCCAGAUACCGUUUCUCUCUUGGUCUUUUUCCUUUCACUGGGACUGUGUUCUGCAGGCGAAAGUAACAGCCUUGCCCAUGGCUUUUAGCUCUUGUUCAACUUAAGCAACUUUACUUCAUGUUUAAAGUCCCUGCAGAGCACGUGUUUUAAGGUUCUGGCGUUGAAGAGAGUCCUGUUAACGUGUGGAUGGAAGGCUAUAAUGGAGGAAAACAUCUCCGUUUUUAAACAAUAUCCGGACACGUUAGGACGGGGCCCUAAUCAGGGACACAUUACGGGUUACUGAUGAAAAUUGUGCACGGUAGGCGCGGCGGGAUUCGCAGGUAGACAGAUCACUGCCAUAUAUUCAAUGCCACCGAUUGUUACUUCGUUGGUACGACAAUUGGCAUACGCUCAAGGGAUGAUUAUACGUUUCUGGAAAACUCACCACCUCCCCCCCACCCCACCCCUAAGCCAACAUUUUGCCCUCGGUGACAAGUAAGUCUUAAUGUUGACUUAGGGGAGGAGUAGGUGGGCAGUUUCCCAGAAACGUAUAACGAUCCCGCUCAAGUUGGUUUUUGUUCAUCAAUGAAUUGAGAGUCUUUAAUGUUUACUUUGUCCGGAAAUCAUGUCUGACCACAUGGAAGAUUUUUUUGGUCGCUCGUCAAUUUUAGUCGGACUUUUUCCGAUGACCGACUGUUAUUUGCAACUCUGCUGAUAAGGUGGAUACUGUUUCGUAAGAAGCAACCUCGUUACCAGGAUACAUGUACUCGUUCCCUUCUCUCGUCCCGGGGGACGAGUAAGGAGAAGAUCCUAGAACUAAGGUUGGGUGUGGAGCUGUUUAAUAUUAGUGUAUUUUGCUUGCUUUUAAAUAUACCUCAUUAGCUUGUGUGUUUUGUUUUCUCAAUAGAGGUCCCGGGGGAACUUGACCCUUUGUCUUUUCGUAAAUUAUGCGUACAUAUGCACGUGAAUAAAACGAAAUUUGAAAGAAACAAUUCCCUAGAGUAUUAUGACAUGACUUUUCUUGGGAAAACAAAAGGUACAAGCUAAAGAGGUCUAUUGUAGGUCAACCAUCUGUGCACGAGCAAAGCCCCUUUUUUCUCCUUGAAUGAGGAAUAGAAAACCAAGCACUGCCUAAAUCGCGAUCAGCCUUUGAAGUCGCCGAAGCCCGAACUCCUGGACUAGUCAAAUCUUGUUCUCUAUCGCCAAACUUGCUUUUCGAGUGCGAUCGUCGGUUUACACAAUAAACCGAUGUUCAUAACGGAGCCCUCUGUACCCAGCGCAUGGCUAUUAGGCCUGGGUUCGAAACUGUAUCCCAGCAACAAGCAGCGCAUGCUCAAUAAAAAUCUUGCUCGAGUAAAGAAGGCUUGUUAGUAGGGUGCCAUCUGGUCAUUGCUUUUUUGUAAGUCGUUGUCAUGGUACGUAAUGUAAAACUCAUGCUUCCUGUGUUGUUACUGCAGGUUCGCUUAUAACGUGACGUUUCAUGAGUUAAACCAGGCAGUGAUCAAGUCUUUACUGGAAUCGUCACUGCAUGAUUCCUCUUUAUCGAAACAAGAUAUGUCCAAAAAUCUUAAAAAGGUACAUUGUGUCAGUUAACCUGGGGUGCUUACCAUUUACUAAAACCACCCGGGCGAAAAUCUUGCGCAUAAACAUAAAACUGUUAAGGGAGGGACGUGGUGGGAAAACGAACCGCUACCACAAAGUAUGUGCAAAUCAGCUGAACAGUCCAUAUUGUCUAAAGCUUCCCAAACGGAAUGGCGCAAACCAUUUGAUUUUCCAACCGGAAUUUUAGGUUUUCCCAUGAUAAUGGUAAGUACCCCUGGUUAAGUUGUGUUCUUAUCAGAGAGAAAUUCCUCCCCCCCCUCCCCCCCCCCAAUCAGUUUUUAACCGUCACCGGCGUGGCUUAACUUCUGUGCAACACAGACUUUAGCGAGGGUUUGCGAGAUACGUGUUUCUUAGGAUUAAUCUAGCCAAUAAAGCGUCUUUAUGCGCUAAGGAACUUAACGUUAGCGAAGAAUUUACUUGUAAAUGAUCAAAUCCCAGCUUUGUAUCGAACAAAUGUCUCUCCCAAAGAAUUAUAUCAAACGUUAUACACAACUAAAUGAACUUUGAAAAAUUGUUAGGCUAACAAGUUGUUAAAACCCGCAAUUGCCAUCCUUUUUAAUCUUCUUCAAGUUUGUCCAUCCGUGCCUUCCUUUUAAUUUUCUGUGUAAUUUAUUCUUUCUUUGAAUAUUUUAAAGGGUUUUUCAGUGUUAAACUCAAUUUGGUGGAAACUCCCACUGUUUGAAUUUUGAUAAGUUGAAAAAUUAAGAUUAAACUUCUUUAACUUUCUAGGCCUUCAUGUUGUAAGUCCCAAAAUCAGUGUUUUUCUCUCACGAGUUGUUGCCGGACUCUUGAGCCUGAAGGCGAGAGUUGUUGCAGCUAACUGUUUUUAUUGCGUUUGUUUUCAGGCUACAGAGCAUCUUCUGCCGAUCGUUUCUAACUACAUUAAGACGGCUGAUAGUCAAAGAGAUGCAUUGAACGCCACAGAGGUAACAAAGAGUUUGUUUAAAGUGCUUUCAAAGUUCGUGGCAAACCAGCCGGAUUGACCAGUUUCCAAAAGAUGUUGUGGAGAUUGAGAGCUUUUAGAUAAUCUAUUUAAAAUUUUGAUAAAAAUUCUAGUUUGUUUAAACCUCGUUAAAUGUCCUGAUUGUACGCAUUUAAUGUUGUAAUGUCUUCUACCAUAGUUAAACUAUUUCUUGUAUAGCUGGGAUAGGUCUCUUCUCUAAGACGCCCCUCUGCAGACUCUUCUCAAACUUACUUUAGACGCUCCGCAUUAGCAUAUUCCGUACCUUGUAUAAUGUUUCCGUUCCCUUCCAGAAAAAAAAAAUUGAUUUGUCAUUUCGCGGUGAAUUAAAUCGGUGUUAAGACGCUAUAACGUGGGAUUUCGUUGACCUUGUCACGGAAAAUGCUUGGUAACUCGCUUUGUGGUUUUCGUCCCUUACAUUUAACGGAGGUUUCUUGCUUGUCGAUUUAUCAGGUUUCGGUUGUUCCAAAGUUGGAUGCAACUAUCUAGAGGAUAGGUCUUUGAUAGACCAUUGUCAUGAUUACGUCAUUUGGCUUCAAUUACCACAAUUCAUUUCGUCUUUUCAUUUCCUGUUUCAAUUGACUAAUACUUGGAACGUGUAGAUUCAGUAACAAAAGAGAAAACAAGAUCUUGAAGGAGUGUGCAGAUGGCCUUUUCGUUUCUCAAACACUUACCCACUGAAUAUUGAUUUAUCCGGUAGAUAGCGCUAUCCAACUUAGCUCAACUUUGAACUACCUGGGCAAGGAAUCUAAUCGCAUCGUACAUUGGGUUAUGGAGAGUUGCAACCCCAACUACUUUCAUUUUUGUAUUUGUUUAUGUUAGGAGUUUUUCCUGCAAGCCAUGUGGGCAGCUCCCGUGUCCCAGAUUUUCCUUCACUAUUUGUACGAUAAAGAAAUCCUUGAAGAGUCUGUGAUUCUUCAGUGGUUUUCCCGCAAGUCCACGGGAGUAGAGGACAGCGGUCUCGAACCACAGCGUAAACAUUUGCGACAACAGGUACGUCAGUGACUAUGCGAGUGUAUUAGCGAGUGUAGAGUGUUUUCUUUUGUAAUUAAUGUGUUAAUGCAUAUAUGUUAUGCUAACCAUUAGAGCUUUAGAACACUAAACUGGUUAACUCUAAAGAGUUGCCAGUCAUUUUCUACUCUUAGCUUUCUUGGAUCAACUCGCAAGGUGACAGGGGUCUUUGUCGAUUCCAAAGAAUGAGUAAUGCCCCAUUCACACCAACUAAACAUGUUUAAUUUAACCAGGUUUUAAGAAUGAAAUACAGACACGGAAGACUGGAACACAGGUUUUCGCACAGGAUUGAAAUGAAAUUCAACAUGGUUUGUUAUUUGCAAUAAAUUUGCAAUCAACUUAAGUCAGUAGACAGCUUUUAUGAAGGAACAAUUUUAAACCGUGUUUAAUUAAACAGGACAGCUUUUAAAUACGUCUAAGCUUUGUUGUGAAUGGGGCUUGUGUCUUGCUUAUGUCAUUAAAGAAAGAGACUACCCGCAAAGAAAUAGUUACGUCGGAGAAGAAAUAGCUCGUUCUCUGACAUAGAUUGUUUCCUGCCUUUGUUUUGUUUUGUUUGCUUGUUUUUUCCUUUUCUAUCACGAGCUCUUCUCACUGGGGGCUAUGUUAAGAUUUACUUACACCAACCAGACUAUUUAGCGCUCUGUCCGGGUUCGAUUCCAAGCCGCGCUUACACUCAGGGUCUGAAAAUAACUGAGGAGAAUAUGCUGUCUUUGUUCUGUUAUUUACAAAUGAUUAGAUAUUUCGUGUCUUCUUCAAUAAAGACGACAAACUUUCACUCCUAGUGAUAUGGCUUCUUCUUUUCAUAAAGAGUAGGGCACUAAGACCCAGCUAGUGAGGUCAACCUUAAGCUGCUAUGACACUGCCUCCUUUAGUGCAAACCGAUUCAGGACUACUUUUCUAUUGUUUGGUUGACAGAUCUCUCCAUUUAUUACGUGGUUACAAGAAGCAGAAGAAGAAAGUGAUGAAGAUGAUGAUGAUGAUGAUGACGACGAGGACGAAUGA